GAUGAGCUUUUAAAAAGAGGCUGAUCAGGAGCCAUUUCUGACUAUUAACUGCUGUCUGCACGUCAUCAAACAAUGAAAGCAGUGGUUGGAUUUAUGGUGAUUCUACUGGGGGUGUCUCAUGGUGUGGAAACUCACUGUGAUGGCAGACAGGAUGGAGCUCAGUGUUAUGGAGCUUUGGGAGGAACUGUGGACAUCCAGCUUAUGGACAGCACCUCAGAAAUAUCUAGAUACCAACUGUUAAAGAAUUCAUUAAAAAUACUAGAUGUGAGAGAGAAAAUGAUUCUCUCUAAUACCAUAGUACAUAGAUCUGUCUUUUUUCCUAGUAAUGGAACAUUUAGGAUCACUAACCUGAGCAGGACAGACAGUGGUGAUUAUACCCUUCAAACCUUUGAUUCAGAUGGAAAAUCAUCAGGUGUGCAGAUUUUGCAGUUGUUUUUUCAAGCUCCUGUGUCCUCUGUCCUGUUGGUCUCUGAGUGUCUGUCCCAGGGAGAGAGGAGGGUGUCCUGUUCCUCUGAGGGAGGGGACAGUCCUCAGUACAGCUGGACUCUGGAUGGACGCACACUGACAGAUGCUGAGAUCCUUUCUGGAAAUAUGAAGACUAACGUCAUCACUCUGAAGCAGCACGUCUCAGGACAUCUGGCCUGCUCUGUCAAAAACCUCGUUAGUAAAGUCUCCAAAGAACAGAGGCUAUCUACCUGUGGCUUCAUUUUCAUCAACUGCACUUCAGUCAAUGGGACACAAGUAUCAGGGUGGGUGUAUGAAGCCAAUAACAUCCUGUGCAUUGAACCAACAACUGAACCUUCCACAACCCCACAAACUGCAGUAGAAAUAGGACAUUUGCCACUGAUCAGUGGUGUUCUCUCAACACUUAUAAUUUUCUUAGUUGUAGUUGUAGCAGCAGUCUGUGCUCAACGGAAAAAGCAAAACAGCAAAACAAAAGCGACCCCUUCUUCCUACUCUGCAGAGGAAGAAAAUGAUCAGGAAGAAAUCUUUGCUGAUCUCAGGGUCGUGAAACAGCAGGCGAAACAACUGGAGAAAAGAGCGGAGCUAGAGUUCUGCCGAGUCAAGUGCUCAAAGCGUCCUCGACAGACUGAACCAACAAUAGAUGAUUGUUUGUAUGUUAACGUCCAUAAAUUCAGGUGAUUUAAGUGUUCAGUGCUUCUACACAGACUGCAUCACUAAAGAUCCAUGGAGAGAAGAGCUGAUGUUAAAAUGCCUGAAGGUCUUUUAUUUAAUGUGAUUUCCCACCAGAAAAAUGUAAAAAAGCUAAUACUGACUGAUUUAUUUUAGUUUCAUCUGCAUUAUACCAGAGGACUACACAUGUAUUCUUUUAUGAUCUCUUGAUUUAAAGAUAGUGUCUUAUAUAAACCCUGCGAGUGUUUUCUGCUUUUGUAUUCUGCAGACGCUCUGAUAGAACAUGUUUAUUUAGGAGUUUUUCUUUUUUCAUGUGAACUUGACAAGUUUUUGACUUGGUAGAAGUUGCACCAGAUGAUCCAAAAUGGAUAUUUAUUCAAUAUCUAUUUAAAUAAAGUAAAUGGAUAUAAGUUUAUACAAAUUUCAGUGCAGCAAAACCUUUAGACAGUGAUUAAACAUCCAGAUAUCAACAUUUUACCUUUGGUCAAUACAUUUCCUCACAGAUGUCUUACAAGAGACACUGGUAUUCAGAUGACAUUCUCAAGGGAAAGGUGUGUGAGUCACCAUCUUUGUAUUUGCUGCCAUUUGGAGAAUCACUUGAAAGAGGCUGUGAGGUUUGCUAUAUGGCAAAGCAGGACUCAAACGGACUUAAUGGACAAUUAAUUUAUUUAGAAGCUUCAAAAUGUGCAACCAACAAUCCCAAAACUCAAUACACAGCCUCAAUGAUCCAAAUUCCAAGAUGCCAAUGAUUCUCUUCAACAGGCUGCUCUCCACAGGUUUCUUUGCACAAGAGGGGAGGUGGUAAGUUUCUUCACAAGAUAACAAGAAGCACAACAAACCAGCACAAGACCCAGAGUUACACUAACUGAAGUUCCUCAAUGAUCCAGCAAAAACUGAAUAGCUCAGGUAGUGACUCUUGAGAAGCUUUAAUAAGGAGACCCGAUGAUAUUUCUUGAGGUGGUCUUUGGACUAUAUAAAUAAAACAAAAACCUAUUGAAACAAAUUAUGAUAGUACAAAAAAAAAAGGGGGGGGGGGAGGUGUAACUGUUCAACAAAUCAGUCUGAAGCAGUAUUCUUAUUUUUCACCAUGAAAUGGUGCUAUUAUUCAGCAUUCUUUUAAUGUAUUAAUUGUUUUAGUGGCUUAUCUGACUUUAUUGUAAAGAAGAGGUCUUCAAGAUUUGUACUAUUAAAACGUUAAAGCUUUAAAGAUUAACUGUAACUAUUUUAAUUAUAUUUUUGUAUAUAUUCUCAAACAAACCCAGUUUUUAAAUAUGAAAGCAGUCAUUUUAGUGAACAGUGUUUGUAAAUAGUUAUUGGUCAACAUACGGAGUGGCUAGCCAGGACCCUUACUGGAUAAGGACCCCUCAUGGUAAAAACAAAGCCCUGGAAUGUCUGCAGCCUGUCCACAGCUCGAGCUGUUGUACUCUGUAUAAUUGUGUACAGUAUGUGACAAAUAAAGGUUGUUUGUUGUU